CCCAUUCGCAGCUUCCACGGCUCAGUCCUCACCACCUCAGCUCGGUCGGUGGCUGGCUGGUUGCUUCCUUGCGUCCUUUUGCUUUCUCCAUCUCACCUCGCCUCGUCUCCGUCCAGCACCGAGUCAAGCGAUCCAGUCGCAUCUUCACGUGCCCCUCGACCUCCCCGUUCGGUUCUCGGUGAGGGUGUCGCGGCGGCCUCGAGGUUACUCGAGGUGUGACCUCGGACACCUGCUGCGGUUCGCUCGUUUCUUGGCUGCGUCUGCGUACGUGCGGAUUCCUUUCUUCCCCGUCAGUGAGUGAGUGGGGUGAGUCAGCGGGCGGGGUUCGAUCUGAAAAGGCUUGGAUUCUUGCGAGCGCCCGGUUGGUCAGCUCGGAGAGAACCUGAGCUGGUUGGGCGUUGCGAUUUGGGUUGACUUUUGAGGUGCCGAGGGUGGACAGGCUGUUUCUUGCUCGCUGGUUUCUUGGCUCGGCGGCUACCGCCUGGCGGAUCCACCCCCCCCCCCACCCCGAAUUAGUGGCCGAGCUCCAUCGAGACCUUGCAAAGAUUGGACCUUUGGGGCUGGUUGCUCAGCUCUUGCUUUGUUGGCUAAUCUUGUGCUCACUUGAAGCUGUUGUUCCUCUUGAUUCCUUGCAUUAUUGGUCCUCUCUUGCUACGAGCCAAAAGAGGGCAUCUUUUCCCGCUCAGCUCUGUAUUCUAAGCGGAGGAUUGAGCUGGUUUAGCUAGGGAUCUUGAGGCUAGAAACAACUUCUUCCUUGCACAGUGGAUGGGUGUUCGGUAAAUUGGUAGGACGGAAAGAUGGGGAAUUGCAUGGACACUACGGCGCGGGUGGAUCACAGCAUGAACAAUGCUGCCUACCCAUCAAAAGUUACCAGCAAAACAAGUUUAUCAUCUGUCCCUUCCACUAUGAAGAGCAACUCAAGUCGUUCAACUUUGACUCUUCCGUCUAUGAGAGAUCGAAGUGAGCUUCCUACUCCUCGGACAGAAGGUGAAAUCUUGUCAUCUUCUAAUUUGAAGGCCUUCUCGUUCAAUGAUCUAAAAAAUGCAACCAAGAACUUCCGAACGGACAAUCUUCUUGGGGAAGGAGGAUUCGGGCAUGUCUACAAAGGUUGGAUUGAUGAGCACACUCUCGCUCCUUCAAGACCGAGAAGUGGUAUGGUUGUUGCUGUCAAGAAGCUUAAACCAGAAGGUUUCCAAGGACACAAGGAGUGGCUGACAGAGGUGGAUUACCUUGGCCAACUUCACCACAAGAAUCUUGUUAAGCUCAUUGGUUAUUGCUCAGAUGGUGAUAACCGACUUCUGGUGUAUGAAUUUAUGCCCAAGGGAAGUUUGGAAAACCAUCUGUUCAGAAGAGGUGCUGAUCCUUUGUCAUGGGCAAUAAGGCUCAAAGUUGCUAUUGGAGCCGCCAGGGGUUUGUCAUUUUUGCAUGAUGCUGAAAACCAAGUUAUAUAUCGCGAUUUCAAGGCAUCAAACAUUCUCCUUGAUUCGGAAUUCAACGCAAAACUUUCAGAUUUUGGAUUGGCAAAAGCCGGUCCCACUGGGGAUAAAACCCAUGUAUCCACACAAGUCAUGGGCACUCAUGGAUAUGCAGCUCCAGAGUAUAUUGCAACAGGUCGCCUCUCUGCAAAGGCAGAUGUCUACAGCUUCGGGGUGGUGCUGCUUGAAUUGCUCACAGGAAGAAGGGCCCUGGACAAAUCAAAGCCAGACAUAGAGCAGAACCUAGUUGACUGGGCAAAACCUCACUUGGGCGACAAGCGCAGGCUGUACCGCGUCAUGGACACAAAGCUUGGAGGCCAGUACCCGAAAAAGGGCGCACACACCAUUGCAAAUAUCGCCUUGCAAUGCAUCUGCAGCGACUCCAAGAUGCGGCCUCUGAUGUCUCAGGUCUUGGAAGAUCUGGAGCAGCUGCAAGAUUCCAAACAUGGUUCGUCACCGCAGAUCGAUGUACGGAAGACCUCACACACUGUCCCGAAAUCGUCGAUGAGAGUCCAACCUUCGCCGCGGCACUCACUUGGAGCAGCAUCCCCAUUGCCGGGGUAUUGCACUGUGCAAGUGCACUAGAAGGGCAACUUAGAAACGAAACUAGAAGGGCAACUUAGAAGAGGCUAUGUACUUGUAGGUUGUAUAUUUGUUGGUUUAAGCAGUGAGCGGUGUGAUCUUUGUUUCACGACCAUGUAUGACACGGGAAUGUGACUGUUAUCCUAAGAUAAGUUGUCUUGCCGGGCUAAAUGGGAGCUCAGUAUUGGCCUGAGUCGUGACUGUUCUGAAGUUCACUCACCUGGCACCUAUCUUCCUUGACCUCUUUUAUUUGCCGGCAUGGAGGUUUUAUCUCCAGAAUACUA